AUGUUGAUCACCCCAUUAUUGCUAGCAUUAGGUGGAUGUGCUAUCACCACUAUAGGUGCUGCAGACGUCCAAUAUUCAGUGGUUGCAUUUCCACAAGGCUCACAAUCCGUGGCGGUGUCUGUUGGUGGUCAAAAUCAUCCACUUUCACGUAGCCAACAAUCAUCGUACCUCUAUACUGGCACUGCUCCUUCAAGCGACAGCUAUCAAUAUGUGCUCGUGGAUGGCCAAAAAAAUCAACCUGAACCCACCCAACGGAAACUCAAGCAAGGUGUUCAAUCGACAGGGAACGAAUUCUUUGGUCGAUCUCAAACCGUGUACGACGUGCCCGAUCUGCCUCAAGCUUUCAAUCCGAUCUAUCCAACACUCUUUACGGGAAUGAACCGAUCCAAUGAAGUGGCCACCGUUGUACUCAAGAUCGCCAAUAUCACUGGUUUGGAUGCCAUGCUUGCCAAUCCCAAAGCCGAUGUCAAGGAUAUCAAGGUCGACGAGGUGCAUUACAUUGCAAGCAACGAGGUCCAUGUCUUUACAGGGGGUGCAGGCUUUUCCACAAGCGGUCAAUCCACAAAGGAUUUUGCCAAGCAAAGCUACAAGCUCGAGUUUGACAAGUUUGCAGACCCAAACAAAACCACAAAGGAUUUGCUUUAUGGUCGUACAGUUGUGAAACUUCGUGCCGAAGAAACCGAUAUGACCAUGGCGAGGGAAAAGCUGUUUAUGGAUUGUCUCGCAGCGGCUGGUGGUGCAACCUUGUCAGCAAGUUGGGUGCGCUUGUUUAUUAAUGAUCAGCCAUUCGGCUUGUAUGUCAUGAUCGAUGACGCUUCAACUCACUUUAUUGACAAUGUUUUGCAUGCCGGUGAUUGGAGGAGUACCUCUACAGGCGAAACGAUCAAGCUUAACAGCCUUAGCGAGCAACAAGAGGGCAAUCUCCAAUACCUUGGUGAUGACAUAUCAUUAUACCCUGAAGAUCUAUACAAGCUUGAAGAUAAGGGCGAGGACAAGACCAUUCAAAAGAAUAAUUCCAUUGUGCCUUUGAUUGGCUUUAUGCGUGAUUUGGCUGCCAUCGAUGGUAAUUCCAAUGACGACGCUUGGAACAAGCUCAUGAAUCCACAACAUACCCUUAUCCACCUUGCAUUCAGUUUUCUUGGUGCAUCAUGGGAUGGUCUAUGGUAUCAAGCAAGCAACAGCUACAUGAAUCAAGAUCUCCAAACAAAGCAAUGGACCGUUAUCACCUAUGAUUUUGAUGAGACGUUUGGUAACAAUUCGCCUGAUGAAAAGUUAAUGACCGUGCCAUACCAACAAUAUGCACGACCCAAUUCAACACGUCCACUUGUUAACAAGCUUCUUGCAUCACCCCAUUGGAAGAAUGAAUUCGAGACGAUCUUAAAAACGGUUAUCAAGCGAUUCUUUAAGCCUUCAGUGAUGGAACCACGGCUUCAAGCAUGGACUGCUAUGCUACAUGAGGAUAUGGCUUGGGAUCGCCAAUUACAACCUCGAUCACCUGGAGCUAAAUCUAACUUUACGAUCCAAGAUUUUGAAAGCAACAUGAACACGACAACCAAUGGCCAAACAGGCAUACUGGAAUUCAUCAAGGCAAGAUCAGCGGCAACGUGUCAACAGCUUCAAUUCCAAGAUAACGACGAUCUGCCGCCAUUACCAGCAUACACUCAAGGCCGAUACAUGGAUGCGAGUGGCCAAAUUUCGGAUCACCAAUCUCAACAGGGUAGCACAACACCUGGUGGUGGUUCGUCAUCAACGGGCAAUAAUGCGAUGAGUAUCAUGCACCCGAAACCUCAUCAUGCCUUUGUGGCCAUUGUGAUGAUGGCAUUCUUUUUGCUCAACACUUAA